AUGUUAUUUCACACAUUUUGGAACGAUGUUCAUCUUUUAAACCAUCCAAUUCUUCAACUACACAUUCAAUCGUUUUUAUAUACACAAAAUCGACGAUGUUCACAUUUGAUCGUUUGGACGUUACCACCUUUUGAUAUUCGAGUGAAGAACGCAUACAAUAUGAUCUAUGCACCUUACGUCGAAUUUCGAUCGUUGAUUGAAGUAGCAUAUGAAAUGCGUCAAGUUGGCACCUAUGUCGACGCUCAUUGGUAUGAAUUGCCCUUGAAAUUGAUUUUCAAUAGACGUCCCCAACUUAGUGAUGCUGCUCGAUUUAUUAUAUUGCAUAGAUUAGGUGGCCUGUACGUAGAUGUCGAUACAAUUUAUCUCAGAGAUAUGCAACCGUUCUUUAAACAUGAAUUCGCAUAUCAUUGGUCCAUAUUAGACGCAUUCAAUACAGCUGUUCUUCGCCUCUUUCCUCAGUCGAAUGUUAGCUCGAUUAUCAUUGAUCGCGCUCGCGGAACUCGAUCUGCAUGGACAUUCUUGCCGUCUUCCCUACAUACAUAUUCAUUGCCUACAGACUUUCAUCGAUUUCCGUGCGCAUUCUUCGAUCCAGUUUGGUUAACUGUCGAUGGGGGCGAUCCAGAAACGAAUAAACAAUGGAAACUAAGCGAAGGUUUAUUUGAAGGUUUCAAAGAUUCUUUUAUACAACGAAGUAAAAUAAGUCAUCAGGGUCUAACUGCAUUUGAUGGAGCAUUUACUUUCCAUUGGCAUUCGUCGAGUUCAGGUGUGAUGUACGAGCCUGGAUCUUAUGUUGAUCAAUGGAAGCAGUUUUUUGAUACUCAAGUUUAUGAUCAAUCUCACAAAACUUUGGUAUCGAUUUAA